AACGCCUCCACGAUAAACAGCUGCUACGUUGAAGGAUUCUUGAAAUGCUAACAUCGAAAAACGCGGUUUACACAUUUACCACCACCCUUUAGUUGUAAAUUCAAGUUAACGUGUUGGCGGACGCGCGCAUCCGAUUUAAAAAAAAUACUAUAAAUUGCAUCCCUUUAUCUUUGCAAGGAAUCUCAUAAGCCUGUAAAUAAGCAUUAAUAGGAUAAUAGCGGAUUUUCUUGGCCAGGCAAAUAUAAAAUGGCGUGUGCCAAAAGGCCAUCCUUGCAGGGGCCGGUGCCUCCCCCUCGCAAAAAGACGACUCCUAAACCUGAGCUGACUGAGGAGCAGAAGCAGGAGAUCAGGGAGGCCUUUGAGCUUUUUGACACCGAUGGCGCUGGAUACAUUGAUGUGAAAGAACUCAAGGUUGCCAUGAGAGCUUUGGGGUUUGAACCAAAAAAGGAGGAAAUAAAGAAGAUGAUCGGUGAAGUGGAUAAGGAUGGCACAGGGAAGAUCUCCUUUAGCGAUUUUUUCAGUGUCAUGACACAGAAAAUGGCCGAGAAGGAUUCCAAAGAAGAGAUACUGAAAGCUUUCCGUCUGUUUGAUGACGAUGAGACCGGUAGGAUCUCUUUCAAGAAUCUUAAGAGAGUCGCGAAGGAGCUCGGAGAAAACCUUACAGAUGAAGAGCUGCAAGAAAUGAUUGAGGAAGCGGACAGAGACGGCGAUGGGGAAGUGAACCAGCAAGAGUUCCUGAGGAUUAUGAAGAAAACCAGUCUGUACUGAUGGUAAAGUUUGGUUUUACACAGUAUCUUCUCAGUAAUCCAGGUCAUGGUGAUCAACAAAAGCCGAAUCAAGGCAAAUGGACUGUUUGUUGAAGACAUUUUGCCUUUAAUCCAAAACAUGGCUUUUUGUUUUCACCAAUAACAGUCCAGUUGUGUUAAUUCAACCUUGAUGGUUUAGUUUUACAUGGAAAGCUGCCUACAGAUUUUACCCUGUACUGUAUUGUUUUGUGUCAAGAGAUCGGAGGUGAAUCUUGUUAAACUUCAUCAACAGGUCCAUUAUUUUCCAAGAUGCUCUCGUUCUGGAUGCUGCAUAUUUUUGUGAAGAUUAUAUUGUCAAUUACGCAGUUGUGGCAAAAAAAAAAAAAAAAAAUGCCUGCUUUAUUACAGGACUCACAAUGUAUUGAAACACAUGCUAUGUUUUCUGACCAUUUGCAUCGCCUCUUCUAGAUUGCAUUGUCAGUCAGUAUAAAAAUUUGCUUUUCUCAUCGUAUUCAGAUAGCCAUUGAUCAAAUGCUCCAAAUGCUAUUGUUGAAUGAUUGAGCAGAACACUACUGUACUUGCAGAAAGGUGUUAAACUGACCCUUUGCCAAGUCCCACCCUAAAACUGCUACUGCUCAAUCAUACGUUCGUACAUUUGAGCAUGAAACAAAGUGAUAUGUUGUAGACACUGCUUUUUCUAGUUUUGCUGUGCUCUGUAUUUUUCAAUGUUUGUAUAUUGUAUAGUUCAUUUAAAAAUCCAAGAACGUUAUUUAUGGUACGGAUGAAAAUAAAUAUC